AUGUCAGCUACAGAACCUAGUUCAUCUAUUGAUGCCAGUAAGGCUAAUAACAAUGUUACCCCCGAAAAAGGGGCUAACAGUAUCGCUUCCCAGGUGCCAGGGAAACUCUACAAGCCCAUUGUGUGGAUAGACUGCGAAAUGACAGGGCUAGAUCACAUUAACGACAAAAUCAUCGAGAUCUGUUGUAUUAUUACUGACGGUCAUUUAAACAUUGUAGAUGAGAACGGAUAUGAGAGUGUCAUACACUACGAUAACUCUGUUAUGGACAAGAUGGGCGAAUGGUGCACCAAUCAGCACGGUAAGAGUGGAUUAACACAAAAGGUACUAGAUUCAACAAAGACCAGGGACCAAGUUGAGGAUGAGUUAUUAAACUACAUCAAAAAAUGGAUUCCCGAAGAAAGAAAAGGUGUCUUAGCGGGAAACUCUGUCCAUAUGGACAGACUCUUUAUGAUCAGGGAGUUCCCUCGCGUCAUCGAUCAUCUGUUCUACAGAAUCAUCGACGUGUCAAGUAUCAUGGAGGUGGCUCGCAGACAUAAUCCACAACUCUCCAAGGUCUCUUACAAGAAAAAAGGAGCUCAUACCGCGAAAGCUGAUAUCCUUGAAAGCAUUGAGCAAUUAAAGUUUUACCAAAAUCAUUACUUCAAAAAUGAAACAGAGACUAAAGAAUUUGUAGAUAUGAGAACUGCAGAAAUCCAGAAGGAACAACUGCUCGAGCAACAGAAAGAGAUAGAAGAUGCCAAGGUGUCAACCGCGGCAGCCGAGAUCACAACUGACAAAAGCGAGGGAAACAAAAGAAACACGGAUUCUGUGAUAGAGCUUGGGCAGCAGUCAGAAUCAUUACACGCAAAGAAGAAAACCAGAAAUGAAUGA